AUGGCCUCCAAGCUGAAGGAGCGGAAAAGAAUCCCUGUUUCCCACAAAGUGAUCGAGAAGAGGAGGAGGGAUCGGAUCAAUCGUUGUCUGAACGAGCUGGGGAAAACGGUGCCCAUGGCUUUAGCCAAACAGAGUUCUGGCAAACUCGAGAAGGCAGAGAUCCUGGAGAUGACCGUCCAGUACUUGAGGGCCCUCCAUUCGGCGGAUUUCCCCCGAGGAAGAGAAAAGGAGCUUCUAGCUGAAUUUGCCAAUUAUUUUCACUAUGGCUACCACGAGUGCAUGAAGAAUCUGGUUCACUAUCUGACCACGGUAGAGCAAAUGGAAACCAAAGAUACCAAAUAUGCCCGGAUUCUGGCCUUCUUGCAGUCCAAAGCUCGCUUUGUCACCGAACCCAUCUUGACCUCAUUGGGAUCGCUUCCAGACCCAGACUUUUCCUACCAGCUUCCACCAGCUCCAGAUUGUUUGGGGCACAGCGCCAAUGACCCGGUUUUCCAGCAGGGAUCUGGGCACGGUCACUUCUCCUGGCACAGCUCUACCAGAAGCCCCACCAUUCCCUAUCUUCCCAAUCCAGCCAUGCCUCUCGCUAGCCCUGGGCAGCAGCGCAGUACUUUCCUAUCCGUACAAGGCCUGGACCGGCACUACCUCAACCUGAUCGGCCAUCCCAACCCCAACGCAUUCAGCUUGUCUCCUGGCCAGCAUCCAUCUGUGCUAUAGCCUGCACCUGGGAUUGCCAUCCUGUGGUCCAAAGAUUGCCAUCUUGCACUCCAAAGAGGGCUCCUGUGUCUUUAAGAGCUGCACAGAAAUAUGCAAGACUUCUCCCUUUCUUAGCACAGCCACAGCAUUGAACUUCUCCCCACCAGGUUGUUCUUCAGUGCUCAGUACAUCUUCCCAGGCCAAGCAGGACCAAUGACAUAUUUAUAUUAUCUGAAGAGAAUAAAUUAUCUUGUGCUCCAGGCUUCCUUCCACAAAUGUAAAUAGACAUGGAAGUAAUGGUGGGCUGAGUGGAAUGAAAUAAAGAUCUACUGCUGUUUUGUUAAAAAAAA